AAUUAUGAUGAAUGAAAGGGUUGGGUGCAAGUAUUCGAAAUCUGUUGAAGGCAGUAAUUCUUCAUAUUUGAAGUCUGCUAAAAGCAGUAAUUCUUUAUAUUUGAAAUCAACUGAAGACUGCAAUUCUUAUGAACAAAGUAACUUUUCUAAUAAAGAUGACAAUUCUUAUGGACAAAGUAACUUUUCUACUGAAGACAGCAAUUCUUAUAGACAAAGUAACUUUGGAUUGUAUUGGAAAUCAGGUAAAGAAGACACUUCAAAUAGACCAAAUAAUCGUGAAUUAUACUAUGACAGAAAAAUUUGGCCCGCACAAAAAUCUUUUUGGCCCGCACAACAAUCUUUUUGGCCUGUACAACAAUCUUUUUGGCCUGCACAACAAUCUUUUCUGGCUUCACACUCUUUUCAAGAUUUGUAUUUUCCUUAUAAUAAGCAAUGUUCUACUCAGGUUUCAUAUCAAUUUUACAAUCAAAAUAUAACUUCAUUGUCAAGCGAUACACCAAUAAAUGGUUUUAUUGAACCUUCAUAUGAUUAUCAAGUAAUUCAAAAUCAAUUACGCCCUCAACUUAUGUAG